CAUCUCUUAAACGUUUUGUCGUGUUAUUUGGGGGUGUGUUGUUCAGUAGCAGAAAAUACUGUCACAUUCCACAUGAAAAUGAAAGCAAAUACGUAUCGAUAGUUGGAACACGUGUAUUAUGGAUUUAUCCCUCGGUAACUCGUAUGGUAACGGCUUGCUGUAUGCGGGCUGGAACCAAGAUCAAGGUAAUUAUAUCCCCUUCACUGCACCUUGGUCGCUUUUUGUUUACAAAAGUUUGAAGAGCUUUAAGAUUGUGGUGGUAUUAGAUACAUUAAUCAAAGUGUACACAUUUACCCAGAAUCCACAACAGCUUCAUGUCUUUGAGACAUGCCCUAAUCCUAAAGGACUUUGUGUAUUGUGCCCAAAUAGUAACAACUCCUUGCUGACUUUUCCUGGGAGAAAAACGGGCCAUGUCCAAAUUGUAGAUUUGGCCAACACAGAAAAAUCGGCCACCGAUAUUCCAGCUCAUGAGGCCCCGCUCAGUUGUAUAGCCAUGAACCUUCAGGGAACCAGGCUAGCAACAAGCUCAGAAAAGGGAACUCUUAUUCGUGUCUUUGAUACUCAUUCAGGACUCCAGUUACAUGAACUAAGGAGAGGUGCUAACAGUGCUCAUAUCUACUGUAUUAACUUCAAUCAAGAUUCCAGUCUCUUAUGUGUAGCCAGUGAUCAUGGAACAGUGCAUAUCUUUUCAACAGAGGAUCCAAAAAAGAACAAACAACUUGGGAUAGGCUCUGCCAGUUUUCUUCCCAAGUACUUCAGCUCUACAUGGAGUUUCUCCAAGUUUCAGGUUCCUGGAGGGGCACGCUGUAUCUGUGCCUUUGGGGCAGACCCCAACUCUGUCAUAGUUGUUUGUGCUGAUGGAAGUUAUUACAAGUUUGUGUUCAACCAGAAAGGAGAGUGUACGAGAGAUGUGUAUGCCCAGUUCCUGGAAAUGACAGAUGACAGAUCAUAAACCAUCUAAUAUAGCUACAACGUAGCUCAGUCAAAACAGCCAUUUCUCCCCUCACCAAAUGUAGUGCAUUGCCAUUUCUUGCAAUAUAUUGUAUCAGUCUAAGUUUAUUUUAUUGAAAAGCUAGUGUUUGGCUUGGUAGUUUAAAAAUUUCAACAAUGAAACAAAAUAUGGGAUAUUUCCAAAACAAUUUUUUCACUAUUCUUUUUCUUUGUGAUAAUUGCAAGAAGUGAAAAUGAUUUUGAAAUGAAAUGUAAAUUUUAUCAAGGAAAAUCUAUAUUUUCAAGACACAUUUCACAGUUUAUUUUUAUAUUGAGAAAAAUGGGUAUUUGCUUAUGCUUUUAUAAUUCUUUUCUAACCAUUUAUUGAUGCCAAAACUAAUAGGUAUUUAAAUGUACAUGUAUGGGUGUGAACAGUGCAAUGUGACAUCAUCAUUUGACAUCAUACGCCCAAGGUAAUUUUUUUUGUAGCUGUACAAUCUUGUAACAAUCAUUUGGAUGCUGCUUGAAUAUGUUCGACAAAUAAAGUACACUGUAUAAUUUGAAGAGAAAAUUAUUUCUUCAUACAGUGUAUUUUACAAUUUAAAGUUCAAAGAUAGUACUUUUUAAUCCAUUUGAUUUGUUAUGAAGAAGAAAAGGGUAUUCAAAUGCUUUGUUUUAUUUUUAUUUCUUUUGAUUGAUAAAUUCACAAAGUUUUGUAAAUACUGGACAAAAACAGUGGUUACCUCUUAAUUUUCAUAUUCAUGCAAUGAAGAAUUUUUGUUGAUUUUGGCAUUUUGUUAGCUCAUAUGAUUUGAUGUGAACAAGAAGCUAUUUUUUUUUUUUAUUUCUGUACAACUUGUAGCUUUAUAAUGACAUGUAUAUACAAGAGUUUGAAAUAUAUACUUACAGUGGUCAACUAUUUCAUGAAGAUUUUUUUUAUCUAUAAUAAACAAGAAACAAAACACAUUCCUAAGCAUUCAAGAUGACAGAAUUGUUGUACAUUUCUUGAUUUAUUGUUUUACUAAACACAUAAACUGUACUUGUGCAAUAUUUGUAAUCAUUUAUUGAGUUCAAGAGUGUUUUCUUUCUUACCAAAGUACAAAUAAUUGAUUCACCUUGCAUUUAUUAAAUAUUCUUCUUUCUGAGACAGUGUUUUGUUCAAUUAUGUACUGGUAUAUGCUCUAUAUGUACAUGUGUAAACUUUAAAUCUAAUACAGUUUUUUUUGCCAACAUUGUUAAACAUUUUAAAAGAAUAAGGUGUAUUUCAAGGUUGUUUCUGUUUUAUGUACUCAAAUUGUUUUCCCAUUCAUUCGUCUAAUUUUUCUAAAAGUAAGGCUGCUAUAUUUAGUCUGUCAAAAUUCAUAUUUUUAAUGAAAGGUAUUUUUUGUGAAAACAUGAUUACAUUAAUUGACUUGUUCAUUUGCUGUUUGGUUUUAUUUCCAGUCACCAUUCAUGUGGAAAUUUAAGGGUACAAAAGCAAACUUUUUUUUCCUGAGUUGAAUGUAUUCGAUAAGUUAAUGUCCAAGUACAUCUGACCAGUCCUCAAAAUGAUAGAGCUGGUGCCCCAAGGGGCAGAGACCCACUGUUUGUAUGGAACGGAUAGGUAUAAGGAUUUUGACCUACUUUAAAUCCACUCAUUGAAAUGCUUGUAAAGCUUGUAACUAUUUUUUGUCUAUAAAUGAUACAGAGAUGUUUUAAUUAAAGAAAUAUACAUUUUAA